CCAUGCUCGUAAACAUUUUGUACACCUUUAAGUUUCUCCUUUACGCCAGUUUGCUUUUCUGCCUGGGUAAACCAUCCCUUUGAAUUAGCGAAAAACCGUUCAACCAAUAACGCUCACAGUCAGAGACUCUAGAGUGUAUUCCGAAAAAAAAAGAAAAAAACCGUGGUCAAUUCAAAACAUGAUCACGUGAUACGAAUUUUGCUGAAGGUUGGAAGAAGAUCAGGGUACACAGUCUUUGAUUAACGGUCGUGCAAUAUUUUGCUGCCAGUGCGACAUAUUUCUCUUAUCGUAACGUGGUGGCCGUUCUUUUUCUCUGUUAGAAAGAAUUUGAAGAAAUGAGUGCCAGCAUAACCGAUAUUCCGGACGAAAUUCUGAUGAAAAUUAUUCUCUAUGCCGAAUUGCGAGAACGUGUGGCAUUUGGUAGCAGUUGUAGGAGGUUUGACUAUUUAGUGUUUGGUGAACCUACGGCAGAGAGGGAAUUGGAUUUUUCAAGAGAAGGAUGGCUAACAGAAGUCAGACAUGUCGAAAGUUAUUUUUGCAAUGAAAACAACUGUGCGAAUGUACGUAAAAUAAACAUGGCCAACGUGAUUUGCGUGACACCUGGAACCAUGUUGAACUCCACGAUUGGCAAGGCAGUGAACCUUGUCGAUCUUAAUAUACAUAAGACUAAGUUCAAAACCCUUUUUGAGUUGAGCUCUUUUCUGGAUUUGGUAAUCCACGUUACUAGGUUAUCCAUUGAUUGGCCAACCGAUGAUAAAGGAGAUUUUCACACUUGCUUAAAUCUUUUGAAAAGACCGUUCAGCAAGCUUGUAUAUUUGUCAGUAAGCGUGCUUGCUUACAACCCCUGUGUUCUUCCUAUGGUGUCACAAUGUGACGUGCUCGAGGAGCUCCGUCUAAAGUCCUUGGAUCCUCCUGGUAAAAUCGUGAUAAGAUCGUGGUGGCGUAGGCAAGAAUGUAAGCCAGAGAACAUUAAAAUUAUUCAAGUUCGUGGAUGGGAUGCCCUUGGAGUUAUGAAGGAUCAUCUUGUUUCUAUUCUUGAUAAUUAUCCAAGUUGGAUAGAUUUCGAACAGAUUUGUAUGGAAGGCCCAAACGGCUUCUAUUUAGAAAAAAAUGUCCCAAUUCACGACAGGCUACGUGCAAUAAAACUGACAGAAAGGUAUCGAGAUCCCUGGUACCAAAAUUUCUAUGUAAUUGGUUGGACUUUUUUGCCGGAAGUUUUUUUACCAGAAGUAAUCAAGCUCACCCAUGUAAACCCACCACAAAGUUAUUGUUGUUUGCACCAAUUUCAUGUAGGUAUGAACUUACCGCAGGCUUCGUGUCAUCUGAAGGUUGAAGAGGCAAAGCGGCUGUUAGCGGAUCCUAAUUAUCAGAUAACUUUCUUACUACUGAAGCAUGUCAUAGAAGUGGAUUGUGAUGCGCAUUUAUUGAUAUCGGCAUUCCCAAACCUGACACAACUUGUUUUAUAUCACAUAUCAAAACUACCAAUGAAUGGUGAGAAAAAGGAUACCUGGUUGAGACGUCUUAAUAAGCGAGGUCAGGAGGAAUUUCACGAAUACGAAGUAUUGAUGGACCUAGAGGAUUCUUCAUUCAAACUUCUGGUAGAAAACUCACCGAAUGUUACAGAUGUAACGUUUCACUCCAAGCUUUCGGAUACUUCGCGAAUUGCGAUGUGGGACUUGGGUGCUUUGUACUAUAUUUCAAACUGGAAAAAGCUCACCACCUUGCGUUUGGCCUACAUACCUAUUCAAGAUGGACAAGCUUUGAUCCAUAUCGCAUUAAACUGUCCACACUUGCAUACACUAAUAAUCAAUUGUCUGGGAUGGAUGGCAUCCUGCAACUAUACCGAACAUGUUGCGAGAAUGGUAGCUUACUGUCGUACUUUGAAGGUAUUUUCAUGGGAACAGAACAGGGUAACCGAAUUAUACAACGUAUUCGAUUCCCUUGUCGUAAACGAAGAGCUCGAAAACGUCCGUGUCACAAACGAAAGGGGGAAAACAGACGUCCGGCGUCUGGCCACAUCGGUUGUAGACCUAAUUCGGAAUUGCCGUAAAUUACGUACAUUUAAAUGCGUUAAUUACGAUAUGAUCACAGCUGAGACUGAUCACAUGAUCUCUAAGUUACGGAGCUUAAAGACCGAACUAGAUCGUCCAUUUCAAUUUCAAGUACUUGAUCCUCAGUAUCAUAUAAAUUAUAGUUCAGAGAAUAUAGAUCUCGUUCAUUAUGAUUGCCCAGAAUCGGACUUUUCGGAUGAGAUGGACUGGAUGAACUUCACACCUAGCAACCCUUUUACACAAGGAGUCCUCCAAUAUGACGGUCCCUAAUGUUCAUCGCUUUUCAUCAUUGCAUGGAAUCGGUUAUCUUUGCAUGUGCCUGUUACAUAGUUUUACGUAAUGUUUAUGCACAAGUAUUGUUUUCUUUGAAUACAAGAAACUGUAACUAUUGUCAUAAAAGCAAAAAACAAUAUAUGAAACGUUCAAUUAUUCUUCUUAAAUAAACCUCAUUGAUUUUUGAUU